GGACCGACAAAGGAACAACCAAGAUCAUCAGUCUCAGAGUCUUCAUCUUUUCAAUUGCGCCGUUUUCAACUUGUUUGUUUUAUGCAAUUCACAGGAAAGUCUGCACCCAGUUACGACCUUUGAUUUAUGGUAGAUCAUUAUCGACGAUAUUACUGAUCACCGUUGUUGCCCUUACAAUCGAUCCAGUUCAGUCUGACUGAAACUAGAAGAAAAUGACGUUGAAAUAUGUCUGGUUAGAUGUAGAUCCGGUGCGCAAUUGACCAUUUGCUCUCGUUUGGUGGGGAUGUGCUGAGGAAAUGCUUCAUUCAGGGACAUGAUGAUGCCACUGCACUUAUGAUGGCCUGUCAAUUAGAGGAUAUCAAGCUUCUUGGAGUAUCCAGCGUUCACGGCAAUGCGUCCGCUGAUUGCACUGCCAAUAACACCGCAAGGUGUCUGCACGCAUUUGCUGCACCUUCCGAUGUUCUAGUAUAUCCUGGCGCAUGCAAGCCGUUACUUCGACCCACAAAACACGACCCUGAAAUUCAUGGAGAAGAUGGCCUAGGAGGUGUUGUAGGGCUCCCUUCGGCUGAUAGUCCUGAAGUUCAGGCACGAUUCGCUCGGAAAGUCGAUGGGUCAUUGAUCCAUGCCAUCGAGGGGAUGGCAACAGCCAUCAAGGACGCAUGGCGCAAUGGUGCUGGACAUCAAGUAUCAGUUGUUUCUUCGGGACCAAUGACGAAUAUUGCCCUAUUUAUAAGCGUCUAUCCCAGCCUUAUGGAAGCGGUGGAGCAGUUUGUAUUUAUGGGAGGCGGUGUGGGUGUUGGCAAUAGAUCUGCCGUCGCAGAGUUCAAUAUUAUGUGUGAUCCUGAGGCGGCUCAGAUUGUCCUCGAUGCUCCAGUCAAGACUGUCAUGAUACCCAUAAAUGUGACACACACGGCGAUUGUCACUUCGGCUAUCCAUUCCCGCCUGAGAUCACCCCAUCUACCUUUCCUGGAUGGCGUGUUGGCACAUCCAUCCACCAAUCUCCGAAGCACAUUGUCUUCUGUCAUCAGUUUCUUUGCAGGAACGUACAAGUCAACAUUUGGUUUCGAUCAAGGUCCUCCUCUCCAUGAUGCAUUGACCAUCACAUAUGUGUCCCAUCCUGAGUUCUUUAGAGCUCAACGUUUCAGAGUGGAUGUGGAGUUACAUGGUAAGCACACGGCGGGAGAAACGGUCAUCGACGUCUGGAAUUAUCGGAUAUGUGAUGACUCAUGGGGCUCUAAUGGGAAGAAUUGCGUUGUCGCCCAGUCAGUUCAGGUCGACCAGUUUUUUGAAUUGCUUUUGGAAUGCGUCUCCCGAUGUGAUGCCAUAUCUCCGCUCAACGUACAACAACAAUGAUAAUUUACAGCACCUUCACACUUCUGAUCGACUUACGACCGUUCUCUACAUCUACUCACGCUCUACUACCAUUGCUGAAGAUUUAUUCUUUUACGUGUAUUCAAACGCGAUGCGCCUUAUGACCAGUACAUACCCCAUAACAGUCGAGCGCUUUCAAUAAGGUUGUUCUUGCCUGCCGUCUGUCACAGAAUCCCAAAUCAUGCCUGUCAAAUCAACAUCUCAUAGGAAUUGGGUAAAGUUAGUGAUCGUAUUGAAUGGUUGUUCUGAUGGCCGCUACGCAAACACGUUGUCAUUGCCACCCGAGCCAGGA